GUCAGAUGUUCCUCUGUGAAGUGAACUGAAGGCUGCUGCUUUUCACCUGGUUUUCCUUUAGGAAUCCACGAGUUUUAAUCAAAGUAGAAAACAAGUGGACUAACAGAUACCCUACGGACCCUCAAUUUCUCUCUGGUUCUCGGGUUGCAGCCAGCAGGCAUUAGAGGAGGCAUCCUCACCUCAACUGAUUUUCCAUCGUGAAUCCAUUCUAAUGGAGAGAGAGACAAAGUUUGCCUUUUGAGUACAGCCAUUCAAUUUGGUUUAAAUUUUUCUUUUACAACUUUUGCUUUGUCACAGGAGUUCGGGUCUGCAUGAACUCCGCAUGUUUCAGGUGGAAUGCUCGCAUCUGGAAAACUUUAGAACAUUUUGCACACUGUGGAGGAACUACAGAGGAAGGAGCUUUCAUAGCAAGAAGUUUGUGCUUCAGCACUGUAUUUGACUCUGCGUUAUUGUCAUGAGACUGAUGUGAACGUUUGGCUCGGAACGGAACGUUGUACAUCAGUUUUACCACAAUGAAGGACGACUUCAAUGAUGAAGAGGAAGUGCAGUCUUUUGGCUACAAAAGAUUUGGUAUCCAAGAGGGAAGUGAAUGCAAUAAAUGUAAAAAUGACUGGGCCUUAAGGGUGGCGAUCGCCCUUCUGUAUGUGCUUUGUGCGCUUCUCACCAUAGCUGUGGCUGUGUUGGGGUACAAAGUGGUCCAAAGGAUGGACAAUGUCACAGAGGGAAUGGAGAAUUAUGGUGGGAAAAUCAUGGCGGUAGAGACAGACCUCAAAAAGCUUGAUGAUCAAACAGGAGAGAAGUCAGAGAAUGCCACCAGUGAGCUUCUCUCAUUCAAGUUGGAAAUUCAAACCUUGCAGAAUCAGCUCAAUAAUGUUGCUCUGAGGGCUUCUAGCAAUAGAGCUGCUCUUGAUGAUCUACAGCUAGCUGGUGAGGACAUGCAAAGUGGACAUCUGUCACUGCGAGAUCUGCUGGAGAGCAAUGCCAAUGUUAUCAGCAAAGUCAACCGCACCUUAAACACAUACAGCGGCCUGAUUGAUGGACUAAAGACAGACACAGAGCGGCUUCAAUCGGAUCUUCAUGUGCAGAGUGGCGAGCAGAGCCAAAACACCCACAACCUCAGCACUCUGAACUUCACCCAGACCCAGCAGAGGAACCUAAUUAGCUCCCUUCAAAGGUCAGUGGAGGACACCAGCCAGGCCGUCCAGAAGCUUAAAAAUGAUUAUCAGACCCUUCAGCAGGUGGCCAGGCAGACCAAAGCGGAUGCUGAUUGGCUGAGGGAGAAGGUACAGAACCUUCAAGCAUUAGCAGCCAAUAAUUCUGCAAUGACUCGCUCUAACAGUGACACUUUAGAGGAUGUGACCUCACAGUUGAACUCACUCUCAGAGCAGUUGCAAAACGCUUCAGCCAUCACUGAUAGUCAUGACCAAAGCCUGCGGGAGCUCAUGGACCAGCAGCGAGACCAUGACAAUGCCACUUCAAUAAAGUUUGAUGCACUGGAAACACGUCUUGACCGUAACGAGGGGGAGAUGGACCGCAUAACAGGGAAUGUUAGCUUUGCCACACAGCUGCUUGGGGUGAUCAGCAUAGACCUCAAUGGUCUGCGCACCUGUGCUGAGACAGUGACCCAGCACUCUGACCUGCUGCUGGGGCUGAACAACAGUGUGGUUGAGACCAGGGCAGACGGAACCGAACUCAAAGCCCAGCAGGAAGAACUCACUGCCAGGCUUGACCGAGAGGUCAGCAGCCUCUCCAUAGUCAUGGAUGAAAUGAAACUGGUUGACAGCAAACAUUCACAGCUUAUCACCAACUUCACUAUCCUUCAGGGUCCUCCUGGUCCAAGAGGUCCUCGGGGAGACAAAGGGUCCCAAGGGCCCCCAGGAAAAUCUGGCCAGAAAGGUGAAACUGGUGAAAAAGGAGCACCUGGUGUUGCUGGGCCUAAAGGAGAAAAAGGCCCAACAGGGCCUCCCGGUGUGCCAGGUUUCAAAGGUCUACCCGGAUCAAGAGGAAGCCCUGGGCCAAAGGGUUCGCGGGGAUCAGGGGGAAGAGCAGGGCCUCAAGGAGAGAAAGGUGACCCUAGUAUACCUGGUCUGCCUGGAAGAGAUGGUCAGCCAGGUCCUCAGGGGCCACAAGGACCACAGGGACUUAGAGGGCAAGCAGGGCCGGCAGGACCAGAAGGAGCCCGUGGGCCUGUUGGCCCAAUUGGUCCACCUGGACCUCCUGGAUUACCAGGACUUCCUGCACCAGUAGUUUUGCCCCCUGUAGAUCCACAAGCCUUUGUCAAUCGCCAGGUAGCUCUGCCUGCAAGUGCACCAGGGUGCCCACCUCAGUGGAAGAGCUUCAAAGACACAUGUUACUACUUCUCGGUUCCAGAAGAGUAUCUGAACUUUGAUGAAACAAAGGAACGAUGUGACAACAAGAGCUCAUCUAUGCUCAUUAUCAAUGAUGAAGAUGAACAGCUAUGGAUAAAGAGGCAGGUUUCUGGAAAAGGCUACUUUUGGCUGGGUCUCACAGACAGUGCAGAGGAAAACAUCUGGAGAUGGGUGGAUGGGAACUUGCCUACCUAUACGAAAUGGAAACCUGGACAGCCUGAUAAUUGGAGUCAUGGUCAUGAGGAAGGGGAGGACUGCGCAGGUGCUGACAGGGAGACGAACAAGAAGAGGAUCGAGCUCAGAUUCCGUUUUGUGCAUAUCUCGGUCAUGCCUCUCUUCACGUCAAAUCCCUUUGAUCAAGAUGUUGAGAAAGCCACAAGUGAGAUGAACACAGCUGAGGACUGGGGCCUCAUUCUGGACAUUUGUGACAAAAUUGGGCAGUCUCGUACCGGGCCCAAAGAAUGCCUGCGAUCUAUAAUGAGGAGAGUGAAUCACAAGGAUCCACAUGUUGCCAUGCAAGCGCUGACGCUACUUGGUGCAUGUGUGUCAAACUGUGGAAAAAUAUUCCAUUUAGAGGUCUGUUCCAGGGAGUUUGCUAGUGAAGUUAGCAAUGUGCUAAAUAAGGGCCACCCAAAAGUGUGUGAGAAGCUGAAGGCUCUCAUGGUGGAAUGGGCAGAGGAUUUCCGUAAUGACCCCCAACUAAGCCUCAUCUCGGCCAUGAUCAAGAACCUCAGAGAACAGGGCGUCAUCUUUCCUGCUGUGGGCUCUCAGGCAGCAGAACAAGCUAAAGCAAGUCCUGCAUUGGUAGCAACCGACCCUGCAACAUCAACAAACAAAAAGGAGGAAGAGGAUCUUGCUAAAGCAAUCGAACUGUCUCUGAAGGAACAGCGGCAACAGCAGCAGCCUCAGGUCUCUCUGUCUGGCCUCUACCCCAGCACUAGCAGCUUCACCUCUCACAAGAGUGAGGGCAGAAAGGUCAGGGCCAUCUAUGACUUUGAGGCAGCCGAGGACAACGAGCUCACCUUCAAGUCAGGGGAGAUCAUCACCAUCCUGGAUGACAGUGACCCCAACUGGUGGAAGGGUGAGACGUAUCAGGGUGUUGGGCUUUUUCCAUCCAACUUUGUGACAGCAGACCUGACAGCAGAGCCUGAGAUGAUGAAAACGGAGAAAAAAACUGUGCAGUUCAGUGAAGACAUUCAGGUCGAGACGAUUGAACCAGAGCCAGAGCCUGUCUACAUCGAUGAGGAGAAAAUGGACCAGCUACUUCAGAUGAUCCAGAGUGCAGAUCCAACAGAUGAUCAGUCAGACACCUGUGAGCUUCUGCAGUUGGAGGCUGCUUGUAACCAGAUGGGUCCCCUUAUUGAUCAGAAGUUGGAAGACAUUGACAGGAAACACUCCGAGUUGUCCGAUCUAAAUGUGAAGGUCAUGGAAGCUCUAUCCCUCUAUGCUAAGCUAAUGAACGAAGACCCAGUGUAUGCUAUGUAUGCUAAAUUACAGAGCCAGCAAUACUACAUGCAGCAGACUCAAAACACUUCUCAACAGGUGUACCCUGGCCAGUCCACUGGAGGGCAGUAUGCAAUGGGUAACGCAGGAGUACCAGCAUACAAUGUUCCAAUGGAGCAACUCUCUGCUAUGCACCAAACAGGAACACCAAUGGCUGGGCAGCCAGCUCCCAGCGAUGUCCAUAUGUACAUGGGCCAACCUGUAGUCUACAGCCCCACUCCAGGCAGCAUGCCCCCAGCUGAUGUCCAGUCCUAUCAGAACCCAGCCUGUGAUCUGACCCAGACCCCCUACUAUACCGUUCCCUCCAUCCAGAGCCUGCCUGCUACUCCAGACAACCAACAGAACCCUUAUCCUGAGAAAGCUCUCUUAUAGGACUUCUAGAGACUCAACCUCUUCUGAUUUCAUACAGACAUGCACAUAUGCAGUCAUAAAGAGCAUUCAGUUUGAAAAGUCACAGACAUCUUCUAGAUUGUGUUCUCAUUUUCUUUAAGACACUACAAACAUACCCAUAAACACAUAUUCUGAUCAUGAAAGAAUGUGGCGAUUGCUGACUACUAACAGGUUGGUUUUUUUUCUCAGACAGCAAUUUAAUGAAGGGCUGAUUGAUCUUUUAUUAUUUUGGCUAUUAUAAGAACAUUUUUAUGAAGGUGAUGAGAAACACUAAGUUAUAUGUCUGAUUUGGUGAUAUCAUUGUAGUUAUCGAAGACUGGAAGUAAGUUUCUUACAUGAAAAACGUAAGAUGGCAUGCAUGUGUUGUACAUACAGUACAUUUCAUUACCACUACAGGUCCCAAAAGUCCAGUGUUUAUCACAGCAGGUCCUGAAGGGGAGGUUUCAUCAUUUUAAUUCUCAUCACUAUUUCACUAUUUUUUGAGUGUACGUGUGUGUGUGGGGGAGAGAGGGAGGGUUUGAAAGUUCAGGCCCAAAGAAGUCGUGUCACCUCUCCUACAGAACCAUGUAGCAAAACACUGCCACAUUCCUCAUUGAAAGUGGCCCAUCAACUCAAUGUCUUUAAUGGGAGAGUUCCCCCCAAAAAACGAAAAUUCUGUAAUCGUUUACUCGCCUUGUUGUUCCAAGUCUUUUUGAAAUUUUAUUUGUAUUUUGUUUUUGUUUUUGUUUUUUACUCUAUGGAACACAAAGGAGAUUUUAGACAAAAUGUUGGCAUCAGUCACCAUUCACUUUCAUUUUUAGAUUAACAAUCUCCCUUACGUUGCCUUUUGUGUUCCACUGUGGAAAGAAAGUCAAAUGGGUUUGGAACAAUGUGAUGGUGAGUAAAUUCUGACAGAAUUAAAAAUUUUGGGUGAACUGUCCCUUUAAGCUCAAUUCUUCAAAAUUUUGUAGUGAUCAAAUAUUUUUUAGUGCAUUGUAUUUAUAUUUUGAUUGUUGUUUUGCGGUUUUAAUUGACAGUACAUUAAUAGAAGAAGGAUCUAAUGUUCUGCCUGUGUGCAGAUGUGUAUAUAUAUAUAUAUGAGCUCACAUCUGUCUUUAGAACAUUAUGUUCAAAGCAGCUGCUUGAUCUGUAGAAAGGGCACAUGUGAAGGUGGGGAGUAAUGCUACUCCAUGACAUGCACUUUUAAUUUACCAUUUUUGUUACCCUCAUUUUGGACGUGUCCACUUAACUUCCUCAGCUUUUAGAUCAUUUGGACUCUUUAACCAUGCAUUCUAAAUUGACUCCGAACACGUUUUCCUUUUUUUCUUGUAAAUUUCUAUACAGAUGUUCAAAAUUCUCAUGCAACUUGUCUUGGAUUUUACAAACUAUUAAAGUCACUUGGCCACCAAGAAUGGAUGUUAAUGUGUAAAUGCAUCGUUGUGUGUGUAAUGAUUGACUUAACAUCAUCUUAUGUCCCUGAGUCCUGGCUAGGGCUGAGACUGACACUAAAGAAAACAAACUGGCUCAGAUGACACCCGUUAAUUUGAAUCUCCUACUAUAAACUAAGGCGGGACCCCAUCUAUGCCUCUAUGUAGCUACAGUGUUAACAGAGUAGUUCUUGACACUUCAUAGAGAAAAUUCUGGGAAAUUGGAACCCUGGGACCAUGGUCCAUUUUUAAUGUAACAUCUUAUCAUUUGCACAUGGAGAUGAUAGUCCUUAUGUAAACUUAUUCCACAGGAAAAAUAACUGUAUUUGGUGUAUCAGUUCUCUUAAAUGUACCCAGUUGUUUGUAUGUACUGUUUUAAUCAUCUUAAUUAUUAGUAUUCACAAUAAAACUGGGC